AUGGGAAACCAAAGCAGUAACGAGGCUCAUGCAGAGAACUGGCGAUUGAAAGAAGAAAAUAGCAAUUUAAAAGAGGAAAACCAAAAAUUGCAGCAACAAGUCAACGAGCUUCAGACGACUCUCAAAAGCACGGAAAAUUUGGUCAGUGAUCUGAACGACUUGGUCUGCGAUGCAUAUUCUACGAGAAAUCAGCCGAUUCCCAUGCAAACUCAAAAUAGAUUCAUGACGUAUAUGAUGACUUCUCAAAAUUCCCGGACUAGGCAACGUGACCUAGAGAAUGAAAUCGCUCAAUUGCGGCAGUCUAGGACUAGAGUUGGGAAUGAAGCUCUUGCUCUUAGACAAAAUUUGGACAGAUUAGAAAGCUGUAUCAUUUGUACAGAACCCUAUGACGAUGAAGAUCACUUCCGAGUUGCGCUAAAACCAUGUGGUCAUAUUCUAGGAAAAAGCUGUCACGAAGACUGGGGAACUGGCAGAUGUCCGUAUCAUUGCAAUGGAAUCGACGGCCACUUACGAGUUUAUCUCAGCUAG